GACGGGCUCGGCCGGCCGGCGCGGGGGCCGCCAUGGGCAACCUGUUUGGCCGCAAGAAGCAGAGCCGGGUCACCGAGCAGGACAGGGCCAUCCUGCAACUGAAGCAGCAGAGAGACAAGCUGAGGCAGUACCAGAAGAGGGUCACACAGCAGCUGGAGAGGGAGCGGGCUCUGGCCAGGCAGCUGCUGCGGGACGGCAGGAAAGAGCGGGCCAAGCUGCUGCUCAAGAAGAAGAGAUACCGGGAGCAGCUGCUCGACAGGACAGAGAAUCAGAUCAGCAGCCUGGAAGCCAUGGUUCAGAGCAUCGAGUUCACGCAGAUCGAGAUGAAGGUGAUGGAGGGGCUUCAGGUGGGCAACGAGUGUCUGAAUAAGAUGCACCAGGUGAUGUCCAUAGAGGAGGUGGAGCGGAUCCUGGACGAGACCCAGGACGCCGUAGAGUACCAGCGGCAAAUUGAUGAGCUGCUGGCCGGCAACUUCACCCAGGAGGACGAGGAUGCCAUCCUGGAGGAGCUGAAUGCAAUCACUCAGGAACAAAUCGACUUACCAGAGGUUCCUUCGGAGCCCCUUCCUGACAUAAAUCCAGAAGCCCCUGCCAAGGCCAGAUCCAGGCAGGCAGAGCUGGUGGCGGCCUCGUAACUGGGACUCUCCAGGGCCUCGCGGGGAUUCUCUGAGGACUGGCCACAGAGCGUUCGGCUGCGUGUCAACCCUGAGAGCUCCCAGAAGGCCUGAAGGGCUGCGCUAGAGGCUGGAGCAGCAGCUUACAUGGGCCCUGCGUCAGGGCCACAACGCACCUUCGCAGUUUAGUCUGGACGCACCAUUGUCUUGCUCUCGUUCUGGAUUAAUGGACACUCAGAGCCCAGCCAGGCCCGGCUUCAGGCAGCUGUGGUUCCCACCGAUACUCCUGGUGCUGUUCUCAUGGCUGACCCAGUCGUGUGACCUGCGCUCUUCUGAGGAAGCACUUUAGACCUGGGGUCCCUAUACUUCCAACUCAUCUCUGCUGCUCACAUGAGCUGGUGGGGGGCUUCAGUUAAGGGGUUCUCCUUAGGGGUGCCUGGCCUCCUGCUAUCCCUGUUUCCCUGCAGGCUAGCGGCAGAAACCCUAGGGGACUGGUGUUCUCCAAACAUCUUGGGACAUCUUCUU